CCGAACUGGCCUUCCCUUCACCUUUGACUGGGUUCACAGGAAAGGACAAAACUUCUGAGCUGAUUAAUAAAGAAGGAACACCGGUUCUUAAUUUUACAGCUUCAGAGAACAGGACUGCAGCUACCGACGUAUCAGUCAAAUCGAUUAAAGAAGAUCCUUUACUUGAGGUCCAGCCGCUGUCUCAAGCAGCCUUAGAUGAUUAUGGAUUUUCUGAGCGAGAAGUUUGCCCUGAAGAGCCAGCCGAGCAAGAACAGUGACUUUUAUAUGGGAGCAGGAGGCAGUUUGGAGCACGUUAUGGAAACUUUGGACAAUGAGUCCUUUUACAGCAAAACGUCAGGCGGCAAAUGCGUACAGGCCUUCAACCCUCUGCAAAGAGCUGAGCAUCAUGUGAGGCUGGAGAGGACAUCACCCUGCCAGGACAACAACGUGAACUACGGGAUUACUAAAGUGGAAGGACAGCCUCUUCACACAGAGCUGAGCAGGCCCAUGGACAAUUGCAACAAUCUCAGGAUGUCUCCAGUGAAAGGGCUGCAGGAGAAGGGGGACCUGGAUGAACUUGGUGAUAAGUGUGACAGCAAUGUCUCCAGCAGUAAGAAGAGGAGACACAGAACAACUUUCACCAGUUUGCAGCUGGAGGAACUGGAGAAAGUAUUCCAGAAAACUCACUACCCCGAUGUCUAUGUAAGAGAACAGCUAGCUCUGAGAACAGAGCUCACUGAGGCCAGAGUCCAGGUUUGGUUCCAGAAUCGAAGAGCAAAAUGGAGAAAAAGAGAACGUUAUGGUCAGAUCCAGCAAGCUAAGAGCCACUUUGCUGCCACCUAUGAUAUAUCUGUUCUUCCAAGGACUGACAGCUACCCUCAGAUUCAGAACAAUCUGUGGGCAGGGAAUGCGGCCAGUGGUUCUGUGGUUACCUCCUGCAUGCUGCCACGAGAUACGUCCUCCUGUAUGACACCUUACUCCCAUUCACCCCGGACAGAUUCUGGCUACACAGGCUUUUCAAACCACCAGAAUCAAUUCAGCCACAUGCCCCUCAAUAAUUUUUUCACUGACUCGUUGCUUUCUGGGGCAACCAAUGGACAUGCUUUUGAAACCAAGCCAGAGUUUGAAAGAAGGUCCUCCAGCAUUGCAGUUCUACGGAUGAAAGCCAAAGAGCAUGCUGCCAAUAUUUCUUGGGCCAUGUAAUAUAGCAAUACCCUCUCUCAAUUUCUUUUUUUUUAAAUUUUUUUCAAAAGCAAA